CUGACAGGAAGUGACAUCACAUGUCACACCACCUGCAGGAGUGAGCCGGACAGUUCUCAGUGUGCAGAAACAAACAUGAGCUGAUCUGUGGUCAGAGUGUCGCCGCCUCACAGGAAACUCAGACGAGUCCUCACAGAGACACAAACAGAGUGCAUGAUGGGACCGAAGGUGCUGCUGCUCGUCUCUCUGCUCGCUGCUCUGGCGGCGACAUCGGAGGCAGGCAGCCGUCGUGGCGGCUUGAUGCCUGGCUCUCCAUGCAACAUCAGCAGGAACGAUCCCAGCCUCCAGCAGGUUGUCCUUACCGCCACCUACUCCUACAACAACCAAUCAAACGACGCCUUCCUCUUCAAACCCUCAGCCAUCCACACAGCACAGCGGCAGAUUGUUAAGGGGAUUCGGUACGUCGUGGAUUUUGACAUUUCCAGAACCGUGUGCCGUAAACGAGACAACAACAAAAAUCUGUCCGGCUGUGACUUCCAACCGAAAGGUCGACUGCGCCAGACAUUUCAAUGCCACUUUGAGGUCUGGCUGAUUCCCUGGGAGAAGAAGAAUGAGACUCUGGUCUUUUCCUGUAAACCCUUAAGCCACCGCCUGCCUUCAUCCUUCAUCCUUCAACGUCUUCAUCCCUGAUGGCGCUCACCUGUGAUAGUGACUCACCUGCUGGUCCACACCUCAUCUCAUCUGUCACGUUUCACACAGAAAUAAAAUCAAGCUUGUGGA